AUGGCGACCAUGACGAGCUUGAUCGGACUUAUAAACAAGAUCCAACGUGCAUGCACGGUGUUGGGGGACCACGGCGGCGAGGGAUUCUCUCUCUGGGAGGCUCUUCCCUCCGUCGCCGUCGUUGGAGGACAGAGUUCAGGGAAAUCAUCAGUGUUGGAAAGUGUGGUGGGAAGGGAUUUUCUGCCACGUGGAUCUGGUAUUGUCACACGGAGGCCACUUGUGCUGCAACUUCACAAGACAGAUGAUGGGCAGCAGGAAUAUGCUGAGUUUCUUCAUGCACCGAGAAAGAGAUUCUCCGACUUUGCUUCUGUGAGACAGGAAAUUUCAGAUGAAACAGAUCGGAUAACUGGGAAGACAAAGCAAAUUUCAAAUGUUCCAAUUCAUCUCAGCAUAUAUUCUCCACAUGUUGUGAACUUAACCCUCAUAGACCUUCCUGGGUUAACAAAGGUUGCUGUAGGUAAAAAACCAGAAACUAUUGUUCAAGAUAUUGAGAAUAUGGUCCGUUCUUAUGUUGAAAAGCCCAACUGCAUUAUAUUGGCCAUCUCUCCUGCAAAUCAAGAUAUUGCCACCUCAGAUGCAAUAAAAAUUGCAAAAGAAGUUGAUCCAUCAGGGGAAAGAACAUUCGGAGUGUUGACAAAACUUGAUCUUAUGGAUAAAGGAACUAAUGCUGUUGAUGUUCUUGAAGGAAGACAAUACAGGCUACAGCAUCCUUGGGUUGGAAUUGUUAAUCGUUCACAAGCAGAUAUUAAUAAAAAUGUUGACAUGAUUAUUGCUCGUAAAAAGGAGCGUGAAUACUUUGAGACUAGCCCUGAAUAUGGACAUUUGGCACAUAAAAUGGGUGCAGAAUAUCUUGCCAAGCUUCUAUCUCAGCAUUUGGAGCUUGUUAUUAGGCAACGAAUACCCAGUAUCAUUGCCUUAAUAAAUAAAGCCAUUGAUGAGCUUAAUGCAGAGUUGGAUCGAAUUGGCAGGCCUAUAGCUGUGGAUUCAGGGGCCAAACUAUACACCAUUUUACAGAUGUGUCGAGCAUUUGACAAAGUGUUUAAAGAACACCUGGAUGGAGGACGUCCUGGUGGGGACCGGAUAUAUGGCGUUUUUGACCACCAAUUACCAGCUGCUUUGAAAAAACUCCCCUUCGAUCGUCAUCUUUCCUUAAAGAAUGUUGAACGAGUUGUUACAGAAGCAGAUGGUUAUCAGCCUCAUCUAAUUGCUCCAGAGCAAGGCUACAGAAGACUUAUUGAAGGAUCUAUUAGCCAUUUCAAAGGCCCAGCUGAGGCCUCUGUGGAUGCUGUCCACCUCAUUUUAAAAGAACUUGUACGGAAGUCAAUUGCAGCAACUGUGGAAUUGAAGAGGUUUCCAACACUUCAAUCUGAUAUAGCAGCUGCUGCAAAUGAUUCUUUGGAAAGAUUUCGAGAAGAAAGUAGGAGGACAGUUACACGGCUGGUUGAUAUGGAAUGUGGCUAUCUAACAGUAGAAUUUUUUAGGAAGAUUCACCUUGAACCAGAAAAGAACCCAAGUCGUAAUAGUUCUACUCCUACUCCCAAUCUGGACAACACAGAUAAUCACCUCCGUAAAAUUGGAUCAAAUGUCAAUGCCUAUAUCAACAUGGUUUGUGAUACACUAAAAAAUUCUAUACCAAAAGCCGUGGUUCAUUGUCAAGUUAGAGAGGCAAAGAGAUCAUUGCUUAACCAAUUUUAUGUUCAAGUUGGCAAAAGAGAGAAGGAUCAAUUGGGGGCCUUGUUGGAUGAAGACCCUUCACUUAUGGAAAAGAGAACACAAAUUGCUAAAAGACUUGAAUUGUACCAGCAAGCUAGGGAUGAUAUUGACAAUGUGGCUUGGAAAUAAUGAAAUAUCCCAUUCGUUACAACGGAU